GUACCAAUCUACCAACAGACCGUUCCCAACUUUAUCCAAGUUUUCGAAACAAAACCGCGACCUUCCAAUCAAAUGGUUGUUGCCGUAAAAGUAUUUAAAAAAACAACACCUAAUGGUAAAGUCACCGUCUACCUCGGCAAAAGAGAUUUCAUCGACCAUCUAGACCACACCGAUCCCAUCGAUGGAGUCGUCGUCGUCGAAAAUGACUAUCUGCAGGGCAGGAGAGUGUACGGCCAGCUGGUCACCACCUACCGGUAUGGCCGCGAGGAGGACGAGGUCAUGGGGGUCAAAUUCAGUAAGGAAAUGGUCAUCGCCAGCGACCAAAUAGUGCCCAAGAAGAAGGACAAGGACAGCCAGCCGCUGACCGCGAUCCAGGAGAAGCUCAUCAAGAAAAUGGGACCGAAUGCUUAUCCGUUCACUUUCACCUUCCCCGAUAUGGCCCCCUGCUCAGUCACACUGCAACCCGGCGAAGACGACCAAGGAAAGCCUCUUGGUGUGGAGUACCAAGUCAAAUGCUAUGUCGGAUCCAACGAGGAAGACAAAGGACAUAAGAGGAGCACGGUUUCCCUUGCCAUUAAGAAGCAGCAAUUCGCCCCAUCGACCAGCGUCGGAAACCGCCUACCCAGCUCCCUCGUGUCCAAAGGAUUCACCUUCUCCAGCGGCAAGAUUAACUUGGAAGUGACCCUGGACAAAGAAAUCUACUACCACGGCGAGAAAAUCGGCGCCAACAUAAUGAUCAGCAACAACUCCCGUAAGACAGUCCGUAACAUCAAAUGUUACGUCGUCCAACAUUGUGAGGUGACUAUGGUGAACACCCAAUUCUCCAAGUACGUGGCCAGUUUGGAGACAAGGGAGGGUUGCCCAAUAACCCCAGGUGCCAGCUUCACCAAGGUCAUCUACCUGGUACCCCUGGCGUCCAGCAACAAGGACAGACGCGGCGUCGCCCUCGACGGACACCUGCGCGACGAAGACGUCAACCUGGCCAGCUCCACCCUCGUACCGGAGGGAAAAUGCCCCAUCGACGCCAUCGGUAUCGUGAUCUCCUACUCGCUACGCGUCAAAUUGAACUGCGGCACCCUGGGUGGAGAGCUGGUCACGGACGUGCCCUUCAAGUUGCUGCAUCUCGCCCCCGGGGCGGAGAAGGAACGGGCCCAGGCGUUGAAGAAGUUGAAAUCGGUCGACAGGGCCCGCUAUCAAGGCAGCUUCGCCAACGACGACGACGACAACAUCAUUUUUGAGGACUUCGCCAGGUUCAGGCUCAGCCGGGACGGCAUCGAAUAGACGGGACGCGUUUUUUGUUGUACAACAAUCAACUUCGAGAGGGGACACGACGCAAUUCACAAAAUUUUAUUGAAAAUAUUUAAAAAAAAAUGGGAAAACUUUAAAAAAAACACAAAAAAAUGAAAAUUAAGCAAACAAAAUAUGUACGUGGUUAUUCUUCCAGAAGUGAAACUCCUUUCAAAAAUUAGACGAAGUUAGAAGAGCAAAUAAUUUUCGCAUCCCCAAUCCCUAAAAACCUUUGGAAUGAAACGCUAAUGUAGAAUAUUUGUUUGAAACACUCUUAUUAAAUUGUAUGGGUUAUAAAUAUAAUUGUGUUGCAUAGUUAUAUUAGAACCUAAUUGUUAUUUCAAAAAUGUGUUUAUUGUAGUUAAUAUUAUUCAUGCAUGUAGAAAAAAUAAAUGACUAUACUAUAAA